UUGUCAAUGUCAGUGUCAUGUCAUUCAUUCAUGUCAUAUUCAUUUCCAUUUUCACAUUAUUCUGUUCUGUGAUUUGUGAUGGCAGAGAUGCAUUCUCACGUCACUAUUUUCGAUUUUCAAGUUUCAUUAUUUUGUUAAUUUACCAUUCCGAAUUCAUUUCAUAAAUUGAUUUGCGACCGAAAAAUCUUGAGAACGAACAGUUGAUUGAUAAUGUGAUAAUAAGAUUGGAUCAAGAAACAGUGUGAGGAAGUUUGUCCUAAAGACUCUUCCGGUUUUCGAAAAACAUCUUGUAUUGUUCAGGACCAUGGAAAUGGAGACGGUCGGAGACGUCGGGCUAGGGCUCCACGAGCCACCUAAAUACGGCCUAAAAUUAAUGUUAGACCAUGAAUUCCCCUUGCAAAGCAAACAGAUCAUCAUACCAAGAGCAAGUCAAGUUUUCGACAUGAUGCCACUAACAGCCAGGUAUCUAAAAUACUACAUUAGCAAAAGGUUGAAUAAAAAACGUCCUAUUAUGGAUUACAUUCACAUGAUUUCUGCCCAAAGGAUGUAUGGCUGUCCUAUUGGAGGUAUCGGUGGUGGGACUAUUGGAAGAGGUUUCAAGGGGGAGUUUUGUCGUUUCCAGCUACAUCCUGGCAUAUAUGAGUAUGUCACUGUGCCAGAAUGUCAGUUCAUUGUCAACAUAAGGAAUGCCAAUGGUCAAACUAUUUUCCAGUCAGUGUUGUCAACAUAUAACAAACCAAAGAAGGCGCCAUCAUCUUGGGAAUGGAACCUGAACGGCGCGGAUUGCGAGUACACAGCAUUAUACCCGCGCGCGUGGACUACUUACGAUCUCUCUAAAUAUGGUGUCAAGUUGGUGUGCCGACAGAUCUCUCCUGUCAUACCUCAUAAUUACAAGGAUAGCAGCCUUCCGUGUGCAGUAUUCGUAUUUACGGCUAUUAAUGUUAGCACUGAGAAGCGCGAUGUUAGUAUUAGUUUCACAUGGACUGAAGUACUAGGUGGCGCCCACAAGAAGAAAUCUAUUGCCAAACUGGAUUUGGAAAGGUAUUCGGAAGAGAACACUUGUGGCGUUACAUUAGAGCAGAAAAUAGCCGAUACUCCUUGCACAUUUACCAUAGCGAAAAAGAAGGAUGAAAACGAGACCAUUCACGAAGGGUAUUGUCUAUGGAAUGCCGCAAAAACUUCUGGUUACGUGUGGGAUUGUCUUAAAAAGCAUGGUACCUUGACACCGGAUCCAAGUUUGACGCCGCCGCCGCCUAAACUUCCAGAUAAGGACAAAACUAAAGAAGAGAAGGAGAAAGAGAAAAAGGAAAAGGAGAAGGAAAAACAAAAGAAGAUUUACAAAUGUGAUUCAGUAGCCCUUUCGAGCGUUAUAUCUUUAGAACCGGGAGGAACGGGAUCGACUGAGUUUUGUCUUGUCUGGGACAUGCCAGUUAUAAAAUAUAAGAAAGAUAAGAAAAUACAUAAGAGAUUUUAUACGAAGUACUUCGGUAGUGACGGUAUCGCUGGUGCCAGCAUAGCUGCGUACGCGCUUAGAAAUUAUAAAAAUUGGGAGAAACUACUCGCAGAGUGGCAGGAUCCAAUAUUGAAUAAUAGUAAUAUUCCAGACUGGUUAAAAAGUGCCUUAAUGAACGAGCUUUAUUUCGUGGCCGACGGAGGCACGAUAUGGUUUGACGUCCAUGAUGAAUUUCCUGAAACCGAUCCUAGACAUGACUUCGGUUUGUUCGGCUAUUUAGAAGGGCACGAAUAUAGAAUGUAUAAUACUUAUGAUGUACACUUUUACGCUUCUUUCGCGCUAGCUCAACUGUGGCCUAAUUUACAAGUCGUCUUACAAUAUAUGUUCCGGGAUACGAUCGAAUUAGAAACUGAAAAGUGUAGACAAUCUCUUUAUAAUGGGAAAUCGGUUAAGUUCAAAAUUAAAGAUUCGAUUCCACACGAUCUUGGUGAUCCAGACGAUGUACCAUUCUCCCAUAUAAACGCUUACAACAUCCACGACGUGAGCGACUGGAAGGACUUGAACCUCAAGUUCAUAUUGCAAGUGAUCCGAGACUACCGGCUGUUGCGAGGCCACAAUGCGCCGUUCGGCAACGAAAGGUACCGCUCCAUGGCGUAUAUAGACGACAUAAAGGAGGGGACGGAGGACGACUUGUACUCGCGGUCCACGGGGCAGUCGGAGGAGUGCGACACGAGUGCUGUGGAGUCGUCGAACGGGACGGAGGAGUCCACUCCGGUGCGGCAGGUGCCGCGGGCGGUGGGGGUGGGGGAAAUACUGGACCUGUUGUACAGGAGCGCGGAAGUGGAGGGCUCGGCGGAGAGCUCGCCGGACGCGCUGCAGCGCGAGCCCGCCGCCGCCGUCGCCGACGCGCGCCGCUACCUCGCCGACAUGUUCCCCGCCUGCCGCGCGCUGCUGCGACACGCGCGGCGCUGGGACCACGACGCCGACGGACUCAUCGAGAACGGCGGAUUCCCUGACCAGACGUACGAUGCCUGGGUCAUGUCUGGACCUAGUGCAUACUGCGGCGGUCUAUGGGUGGCGUCAGUAAGUGCAGUGUGCACGAUGGCCCGGCUACUCGGCUAUACGGAAGAAGAACGCGAGUUCUCCAAGUUGUUAGAACAAGCGAAACAGUCGUUUGAAGAGAAACUGUGGAACGGCUCCUAUUAUAAGUUCGAUGUACGUCCGUCCAAUAGCAAGGUGGUGAUGGCUGAUCAGCUGGCGGGACACUGGUUCCUCCGUGCCUCCGGGUGGACAGAAGAAGUGUUCCCUGAAGCGAACGUUCGCAAGGCCCUAACCACAGUAUAUGAGAACAAUGUGAAACAGUUCAAGGGAGGGAAGAUGGGUGCCGUCAACGGUUGGGUGACUGGCCCGCGCGGUCAUAUUGAUACUACCGCUUUGCAAAGUGAGGAAGUGUGGACCGGUGUUACGUAUGGACUUGCUGCGCUUAUGAUAUAUGAAGGCAUGCACGAAGAGGCUUUCACAACUGCGGGAGGUAUGUACAAGACGCUGACACAAAUGGGCCUCUCUUUCGAAACCCCAGAGGCGUUGUACGAGAACGGUAACCACCGAUCGGUGGGCUAUAUGCGUCCUCUAGCUGUGUGGAGUAUGUACCAGGCCAUAUUGGCCCGUCCACCGCCGCCGCAGCCGGUCGCCAACGGACAAGCUCACCAUACCAAAGAAAAAUCGCACUUAUAGUUACUCCAAAAGAGACUACAAUUCGUACGUAAGAUUUUUACAUUUUGGUACAUGAAAAUAUUGACAAUUCGUAAGCAACAAUAGAUCGGCUAGAAGUUACCGCCUAAGAUGUUAAAUUGUGUACUUACCUAAAUUCUAUGUGCUCUAUUUUUGUUCGAACAAUGAAAUUGUCGAAUUGUUGAAGCUUCGCAAUUAUUGUACAGCCUUAGAGGCACGGAGGCACGGUACGUUUAUUACGUUUAAAUUCAUAAUAAGACGAAAAAGUGAAAUAAACCAGUGAAGUAAGGUUUGUCAUUUUUUUUGCGAGUUUAGGCAAUACUGGUAUUUUUAAGCUUUUAUACUUACAUUUUGAAAUAACAAACUGUAGGUAGAUCUGCUGUAUUUCGUUUGUCUUUGUGAUAUUUUGCUUAUUUUUAAUUAACAAUUAUUAAUUUUGGAUACGCAUUCGUUGGCGCGCUUCAAAAGGACGAUACGUAAAACUGCUAUUGUGUCUACGAUUGCGUAUCUAUGUGAUUCUUUUAGUUCGCAUUUAUUUUUCUUACGUAUCGUUAUACCAAUGAAACUGAAAGAGUAUUAAGUUGUUGUUUGUAUGUUAUUAAUUAAUUAGCAAAAUUUUGUGCAUUUUAUUGUGUUUAUAUUAAUUUAACAUUAGACAAAUAUUGUCAUAUAACUAUAUUAUUUAUUCUUGGUUCUUUUAAUUUAUGUUAAUAUCUGUUAUUUUUUUUUGUAUUUGUCGUUCGGUGGCUUAAUUACUGUCCGCGAGAGGUAGGUGCCAAAUUAAAAUACUAACCACA